UGCCUGGUUUUGCAGCGCAUUGCCGCUACCAAACCACCACCACAGCGCCCCCCCACGGCACGUGUCAAGCUGAGCCACCUGCCAUGGCUGUCAGUCCAGCCAGGAGGGUCAAGCGUGCCCAUGGGCUGGCCUCUGUCACGAAGAGGGUGUCGAGCCUGUUGGAUGCACUGGCCAUUUUGGACAACCUCUCAGCGCUCGAUGCUCCGACGAAGAGGAACCGCAGCACCCUGGUCACGCGGGAGAGGGGGCCUUUCGAGACGUACAUCAAGCCGAUGCUGCAAGACCACACGUUCUCAGUGCGCUUUCGCAUGGAUUACGAUGACUUCAGGGGUUUUAGUAGAUCACCUGCGACCUGCCCUGCAUUAGAACGAGAAGAUGGGGCUGCUGCGCAACGGCGCCAUCCCGGCGGAGUACCAGGUCGCGAUGACGUUGAGAUGGCUCGCGGGGGGGUCCAUCUACGAGUGCAUUGACGGCCAUGUCAUCGCGAGGAGUACAGCACACCACGUAACGCCGACCGUGAUCAACCCCCUGA